AUGAGUGUUAAAGCAGCUACAGUUCAACGACAGCCUGCUUGUCUAGACGACUUUGAUGUCGGCGAGGAAAUUGCCUGGGGGUCUCUGGCAACGAUCGUAGAAGGGGUCCACAAGAAAUCUGGGAAACUGUUCGCGAUAAAGAUGCUAAACAAGAUGCAACUGUCGAAGAAGAAGAUGGUGCGCUCUGCUAUGCUGGAAAAGGACGCCCUCAUUGCGCUCUCGAGUCAUCCACAUCCUGGGAUCGUUCGUUUGCACUAUUGCUUCCAAGACGCGGCCAAUUUGUAUUUCGUGCUAGAUCUAGCACCGAAUGGGGACCUGAAGUCUCUGACACUGAAGACAGGCUCCCUAUCAUUGGAAUGUGCACGUUACUACACGGCGCAAAUGAUCGAUGCAAUUAACCUGAUGCAUGAAGCGGGUGUGGCACACCGAGAUAUAAAACCGGAGAACUGUUUGCUCGACAAAUCUAUGCGAAUUAAGAUCGCGGACUUUGGCUCUGCAUAUGUGACUUCAACGCCACUGUCGACUCCCAAAACAAAUACCUUUGUGGGCACAGCUGCGUUCUUGUCGCCCGAGGUGCUUCUGCGACAGGAAGCUAACCCUAGAGGGCCUGAUCUUUGGGCAGUGGGCGCUUGUCUAUUCUUUUAUCUAUUUGGGACGUACCCUUUCUCAGCGAUGACCGACUACUUGAUCAUGGAACGUAUCAAGAAGUUGGACUACAAGAUCCCUGAAGGUUGCGAUCCUGACGCAGCUGAUUUAAUCAAGCGCCUAUUAGUUCAUCACCCCCAGGAAAGACUCGGUGUGCCGCCGAACUCGUCAAUAGACGAACUCCGCCAACACCCCUUCUUUGUAGGGAGCAGGGAGGAUGGCAAGAGUGGGCAUAUCGAUUGGGACACGAUCUGGACGGUGCCAGCACCAGAGAUAAAACCAGGUCCUUUCAAGUCUAACCCACGAAGUUCACGGGCGGAGAGUGACAAGGCGGAGGAGGAACUGUGGGCCAAAUUCGAGGAGAUCCAUUUGAUUGAGGAUGAAGGGAGAAUUUAGAUGAUUUUUCCCUAGACUCGCUUCUUCUUGGAUAGAGCGGGUCAUCAUUCACGCCACACUCUUUCAACUCCUCGUGUAAUGUUUUGUAUAUAGCACACUUCACACUCGGGACCGACCUUGUGUUUUCUCAAGUUUUUCCUGUCAAUGUCAUGCUUCUUGUUAA